UUCAUUUUUCGUGGAUGAUGCAUGCAUAAUUCAGUUAACGAACAUUCCUCUCUAGAUGUUCACGCCUUCUUCACUGAUGCCCAUAACUUUAUAUUAUUUAUAUUUGUGUGGUUAAUAAAAGAGCUUUCAACAUUGUUGAGCUGUUUUAAUCAUGUUGGUAAGUUGGGCUAGAGAAUCGACCGCUACCGUUAAAAAAAGUAGAUGCUAAAAGAGCUAGUCGAACCUAUGAUUAGAAAUAUAAAAAUUCAACAUGUCUUGUUCUGGUUUAUGGUCCAAAACAUGUAUAAUGACGGAUGUAGAAAUAAACAUUAUCAAGUUUUAAUUCAAAAAAGUUAAACCAUACGAAAUCAGUUAGAACAAUCUUUAUUCCUAAAAACUCUUAUAUGUUUUAUUAUGUUCUAGUUAAUUAGGACAUAAAGUAACAAAUCUGAAACCAAAAUUAGCCUAUUUUAUUAUAUGUGAUAUUUUUAGUUUACCAGUUAACAUUUAUUUUCCUUGUAUUUUUAUUACAAAUUGUUUUCUAUGGAAUGAAUGACGUUUCUUUUUGGGCUAAUUUAGGUUCAAAACACACACGUGCUCUCAAACCACAUUUUAUGAUUUUACUACUUGCAUAGGAAAGACUCAUUCUCUUCUUUGUUUUUGUGUGGAUAGUCUCUUUCUAGCCACAUCACAAGCACGAGGAUCGAUACUUCCUCGCCACUGACUCAAUCAUGUACUAUACAUCUUUUUUUUUUCCUUCUUUUUUUUUGCUAUUUAAGUGAUAAAACUAUGUUACCAAAGUUCCUUCAUUUCUACAAUUGCUUUCCUCUACUACAUGUUCAAAAGUUUUUCUUUAUAGAAAUAUAGACAUAAACAUUAGUGUAAUAUUACACAUAUGGAACUGUACAGUGACCAUAUUCUAUUCUUUCGCCUUUUAAUGGAUAUAUUCUCAUAUACAUUAUGUGGCAUAAAUAAAUAGUUUUCAUUUUGUACAAGUGGUAGUGUGGAAAAGCUCUUUACCCACCAUCUCUCUCUAUACAACAAACCAUUCUUUCUCAAACUUUUCUUUGUUUAUUUAUAUAUUUUCUUGUAAGAAAGUAACUUUUAGGCACUACAAAUUAACACCCUCAUGCUCUCCUUAUCCCUCAAAUUCACUUCAAAGCCUCUCAUCUCCUCUCCUACUUGUCUAUCUCCCUCUCCGCUUCCCUGUUUCCACAUAACAACAAAAUCUCUUACAAGAAUCUUCUUCCAAAACUCAUAAGCCAUGGCAACUGUUGUAUAUCAAGGGUACCAAUCUCAUUUUGAGUCUCAACACUUUGAGCCAAGAGCUCUAAGACUUAGACUCUCUUCUCCUAACAAUCCUCACUCAUCCACACCUCUCAAUUCCCAUUUCCUUGACUCUUCCAUCAGUCCACAAGACAACAUCUCUACCUCUAAUGCAGCUUCCUUGCCCUCGCCAGCUCCUAAACCGAGCUCUAACUCGGAAAGUUGGCUCGAGACCAUCUCAAACUCGAGCUCUGAUGAAAAAGACAAGAAGACAUUACUUCCCUACGUUCAUUCUCCAUCUUCUCGUAGAACUCUCAGCGAUGAGAGCUUAGCAUUGUGCACUGAAAGCCUCGGUAGCGAGACGGGCUCUGAUGUUAUUACCGAUCAAGAUUUGUUCUCGGUUUCAUCCGAAUUAAAAACCAUGGAAACUAGAACUUCGGCCACCACAUCAAGAACAUCAAGACAAGAUAGGAAGAGAGAUGCGUUGGCUUCACUUCCACCUCCUUUGACAAGUAUGAGAGGUUUUGAUUGCAUUCAAGUCAAGUCCCACCGUGAGAAUGGAAGAUUGGUAAUGACGGCCAUGAAACCUCUGCCGCGGGAUAGAUGCUUACAGGACCGAAGUAAUGGCUGCGUCAGACUCGCGUUCUUGAUUGAGUCUGAUGACCACAUAGAGACAGAGACCAAAGAAGAAGAAGAAACUAUGGAGAUAGAGAGAGAUAACGAAGAAGAGAUUCAAGAAUACGAGGCAGAAGAAGAAGUUGAAGAAGAAGAAGAAGAAGAAAAAGAAGACAACGAAGUGAUGAUUAUUGAUAACAUUCAAAGAUCAAGUAGAUGUCAUGAAGGAGAUCGAGAAAACAGAGGAUUUCUAACAUGGGAAUCUUUAUGUGUUGCCACUUCUUAAAAAACAAUCUUUCUACUCAUUUUGUGAUCACAGUUUCACACCUUUUUAUUUAUUUUAUGCAUUGUGUUUUCGUUUUUGUAUAAAUAACAAGCGUUUCUUUUUUUUUUUUAUCACUCUCUAUGGUUAAAGAUUACAAAUCACUGACAAGACCUUGAUUAUUAGGUUUUUAUUUUGUCAACGA